GCACGUUACUUGACGUGCGUGUCUUUGCAUCGGGAGGGUGAAGCCGCAUAAAAGCGUUCCCAUAAUGCGGGCGUGAAGUGCUCCAUGUAGAGGGGAACCAGGAGGAGGACCGCGGAGGGUUACACCGGCUUCACACCGAGCCUGACAGCCAGGGCCCGGGAAGAGAAGCGCAGGGAUUAAAAAAAGGAAAAACAUGUCGAACCGAAAGCACCGGGACAACCAGGAGAUCUGCGCCCGCAAGGUCCGCGAGCUGGCCCAGUCUGGAGUAAACAAACACUGCUUCGAGUGCAACCAGCCCGGGGUGACUUACACCGACAUCACGGUGGGCAGCUUCGUCUGCACGUCGUGCUCCGGAAUGCUGAGAGGCCUCAACCCUCCUCAUAGAGUCAAGUCCAUCUCUAUGACAACCUUCUCCCAACAGGAAGUGGAAUUCCUUCAAAACCAUGGUAAUGAGGUUGGGAGGAGGACUUGGCUGUGUGUGUUUGACCCAAAGACGGACGGCUGCUCUGACAUGAAGGACUCUCAGAAGUUCAAAGAGUUCCUUCAGGACAAAUAUGAGAAAAAAAAGUGGCACUUCUCCAAAAGUAAGAACAGGAGGGAUGUCGAGGGUCCUUGGAGUCCUGGGGUCCAGGCCGUUCCCCCCUCACAUGGUCCUUUAGCAAGCCAGGCCCCUUCUCACAACAUGCCCCCCAAUGCCAGGUCUGCACGGCCACUGUCUCAGUCCCAGAUGCUGUCGUGGGAUAGAAAUCCUGCGAUUUCACCUGCCGACAUGCGGACGGAUGUGUUCACUGCCCGGCCGUCGCGCUCCCAAAGCUUCAGAGACCCCCCUCUGAAAGAUCCCACCCUGUGUGGGAUAGAAAGACAGCGUCCGGGCUCUCUGACAUCAGCAUUGGGAGCUCAGAGCCACACCCCCUCUUUUCCUGCCCUUCCACGGCCUUCAGCCAGUAGCUCUUUCAAAAACCACUUCACUUUAGGUUUUCCCACUUCAAAGCCCAGAUUGAAAGCCUGUGAGGGUCAAGGAGAGACACACACUGUUGCCUCACUGGAAAAAAAGAACGAGUUUAAAGUCGUACAGUAUCUGCCUCAGGGGCCACGGGGCCCUUCAGGGCUUUCCCCAAGUCUCUCAGCGUCGACUUCGGAGGUCUCAGCCACCCUCAGCAGCAGCCUCUGCCUCAGUCUCUGUCCCAGCCACAGCAGCAGCCGCAGCAGUCUGUGGGCGUUGGCCAGACAACGACGACGCAGGUCAGCUGCUCCAACGCCCAGGACAGAUACGCCGCAGUGUCACACCUGGACAGCGUCUUCUCAGACACGACAACAGGCACAGCCCCACCUGCUGGCCCUCCGCAGUACAGCACGCUCUUUGGAAACAGGCUGUCCUCCAGCUCAACUCCUGCCAGCUCCCCCGGUGUCGAUACAGUCUCCAGCUCCCAAACCUUUGCGAAUUUCCCAAACCCAUUCAGCUCCAGCUCGGCCUCCCAGCAGCCCCCUGCCCUCUCCCCCAGUAACCCCUUCAGUAACGCUUCAGGAGGUGACUCCAAUGCAUUUGUCACAUCACCCACCUCUGUUUUUCCUCCAUCCGCCUCCUUCCCAGCACCCACCUCCCAGAAUGCAUUUCCUCAUGAGUCAGCCAGCAACCAAGAAGCCAACGGUUUUGCCUCCUUUCCUGCACCUGACUCUCAGUCCAAAGUCCCUCGAACUAUGUCGGUGAACCCGUUUACGGGGAAUGUUUACCCCAGUCGAGGGACAUCAAGAAAUCCUUUCAUUUGAUCCCCCUCCUCUCCUUACCGCCCGUCCAUCUCUGGGAAACUGAGGGAGGAGUGAACUUGAGGAGUCGCUGCCAUUUCAAUGCCUUUGGAGUAUUUUCACCCCCUCCUCUCUCCUCUCUUUCUCUCCUUUCUCUCUCUCUCUCUCUCUCUCUCUCCUAUCUCUGUCUGUGUUUACGUGUUUGUAGAGGACAAAAAAAAAAUUGUGUGAAUGUAAUUAUGAAAAUUAAUGUAUGUACGUGUGAGCGUGCCCCCCCCCCGCUGUCGAUAUGUCACAAAGGUGUUUGUGUGCCAGUAGACGCCACCUCAGGGCUCUGUGGGAGUCACGAGUAAAAAGACGCCUCUAUGAUUUUUGCAGAAACACAUGUUGCUGCUGCUGCUGCUACUUUGCUUUCAUCUCCUGCUUAAAAAAGUGCAUAAAAACCAGUCGCCGGUAAAUUCAUUAGCAUUUGUCUCAGUUCUCCAAAGGAAAAGUUAUUAGAGAGAGUUUCCACAGAUGGUUAAAACAGCCUUAAAUGCCUCCUGAUGCAUGAGUAUUAGCACUCAGAGAUAUGACAGACUAGUCUCUGUAGUGGGAUCAUGUUUGCAUUUGUCUCUGUUUCUUUGUUUCCUCUUCCAAGGAGGAUCUAUAUUUUCCACUCCAAGGCUGCAUGCGCUUAGAGGGCUAAAAGGAGAUGCUACUGAAUGUAAAAGCAAUUUCAGAAUUACUAAAAAUGUGUUUAAAAAAACAUCAUCGCUUCAUGUACUGGACCAAAAUGUUUCUCACUUGUUCUUUUGUUUGUUUUUUGGUUGACAUGGAGGCGAAGUUUGUUUCCUUUAUUUUUGCCAAAACAAAAAAAGAAGAGAGAUUCAUGUAACUGCGUCUUUGUAAUGACAAGUAUUCAUGUUCAUAAAAUCAGUUUGUUGCUUCUUAAAA